GUUUCAAUUCUUGUUCAUCUGUUUGAAAUGGCAGCAAGCAACGUGGCAUUAUGACUGGAAUUUUCAGUCCUGGAGACAGAAGUGGGGGGUUUGACAUUGUUGUUGUAUUCUAUUUGGUUGGCGGCCAAAAUAGAUCAUAUACGAUCUCGACAAUGGAAAGUAGAGGUUCUGGUUUGUGAUUUGGCCACUAGCAGGCAGACAAAUUAAUCGCGAAAGAGAGAGAGUGGUCAGAGUUGCGGUGGAUGGUUGACUUGUGUACGUGAUGCCAGCAGCAGCAUCUGUCAGGUGAAGCUUUCCUUGUUGCAUGCAGAGACAAAGAAGAGGCGGACAGUAUGGGAGUGUUCUUUUGCGGGCAGCACAUGAAUGUGAGCGCCCUCAUAGACCUCGUAACGAUUGACUCGGAGCGAGCAAUCAGAGCCAGUCAGGCAGUGAAGAGCACCUUUUACAAAUGAAAUUUAGGCGAGGCGGGGUACCUCUAUAAAUUAGGCAGGGAAGGGCACCCCUUUCAGUUUUGAAGAAUCUGGCUUAUGAACCAGCGGACAAGUCAUGGGAGUUGUUUUCAGAAGUCAGAGAAUGCGGGGACAGAACUGUUUGUCUGUUCGAGAGCACGACAGACAUUCAAUGGACCUUGAGUCUCAAUUAUGUGCUCCUGCCAGUGUUCACUACAGACUGCCAGAAUAUACGUGUCCUUUGUUUGGGGUUCGGUGGCCGCUGCACCUUUCGCAUACAUUUUGAAUGACUGCCAGAGAUCACGCCUAUUUGAGGCCAUCUGGAGAUGGGGUGGACGUCCGUCCAGCCGUAUUGUGGGUAGAUCCUGGUGGUCCCCUUGGGUGCAGCUCUUACACCUAUGGAGAAUCGCUGUUGAAUGGGGACAUCCUUGCAACUUGUCCGUUCUUUGCAGCAGCUUUCGAAGUCCUUCAAGUCUACUAAGCAGAAACAGGGUCUGUGUCAGGGCGGCAGGAAGGCAACACGCCAUAAAGUGCACGGAGAUACAAUCUCCCAUGCGGAUGCAGAUGGUCGUCGCACGUUGAGAGUGCGGAUGCAAGGCUGGCUGUCUUUCCAUGUUGACAUGCGGAAAGAGCCCUGUUGGUAUAUGUACAAGCAUUCAAUGAUUUAUGUUUCCACAUGGCGAAGCAGGAUUACUGCUACAAAGAAGCAUUCUACAUGUCAUGUGGAAACGGUCUUCCAAGGUCGACUUCCAUGGGAGAGGCCAAUGUGCCUGUCCAUACCUGGUAUGAUCCCAUGGGCUGGUCUUGACCAUUGGUACAAUCGCAUCAACACGAUUUGGAAUGGACUGAAACAUGUCCAGAAGAAGGUUUGGGUCUCGCCUCUGGCUUUUCUGAGGUCUGCACCCUCGUUCAGUCUGUGACAUUGCCAAUGGAUGGAUCUGCGCCUUUUUUCAAAAGAGUGUUUUAGCAAAGGACGGAGAUCCUGGAGUUUCAGAUAUGGCGAUUCGGGGAAACCGGAGUUCCAAGUGAGUAUGUGCUAUGGACCACCAGGGUCAUCCCGAAUUGAACGUACGUGAACUACUUGCUGUGCAUACUGCAUUGGACUUGGCUGCUACUCUUCCACAGAAGGUUCGAAUUCUUUCUUGUUGGUUUUGUUGGUUUCGUGAGGGGGACCGUGCAAGUCACCGAAUGAAUGAAUUGCGCACUUCGGUGCAAUCAAGUGGGACGUAGCAGAUGUCUGUGAUGUGACGAGACGAGACGGACACACGACUUAUUUCAUGUGCGGAGCAUGCAUGAAAGCCACCUCGAAUGACGAACUCGUUCCGGGAACCAUACGUAGCCUGUCAUGAAAGGAGAUAAUCGGAUUUAGACAGUCCUUGGGAAGUCCUUCGAUCAUGUCGUCCAAGAUGCAAUUCAAAGGGGACUCUGUUUUGGUGAGAUUUCUUCCGCAUCGGAGGUGCUCUGCAUAUAGGACGGGAAUCUGAAGUGGCACCUGCUUGUGAAGUUGUGACUCAUUUGCGACGGGGGGUUUCCAUUCAUGGCAACCUCGCAGGGGUUUCGUUCGGAACCCAGCGCAGUGGAGGGCCUGUCGCGACGACUCUUCGGGAGCUCUGGUGUGUCAUAGCCAUUCCUAUCCUAUCCUACGCUUUUCGUUGAUUGGCGAUGGGAGGUUCUAAAUGCAAACACGUUGCCUAUUCCGACUCUUUUUGUUGUCGACAAAUCUUGGAAAAUGUUUGGCAAAGAAAAAAACUUACUCGAAAAGACAAAAACAAAAAGAAAAUCUUUCGAAGGCAGUAAUUACUAAUUACGCCGAUUAUUACGGCAUUUUUUUGCUCUGGCAGUUCUACAGUACGGUUAACUCACUGGCAUCCUCUGGUACUGUGGAGGGGUGGGUGCCAUGCAGGACGUCGUCUCCGUAUCGUCAUUCUGGAUUGCAUUGAACGUUUGCCGUUUGUUAAUAACCGCUCUCUUACUCUUAUUGUCUUUUCCGGGUUUUCCCCCCCUCCCCAUAUUUUUGUCAUUUUUAAGGUUCAUUGUUGCUUCUUUUUUUUUUUUGUAAUGAAUGGCACAGGUUUGA